CAACAGCAAAGUCCAAACCAAACCAAACCAGAAACUAUAGCGACGGCCGCAAAGAAAACUGAAACCAAGUACAACAUCAAAACCAAAUUCAACUCAUAAUCUGUAACUAUUUUUUCAUUCAAAGGCAGAUUUUUUAUUGGUGAUUUUUUCUUGGGCUAUAAUGGAUUUCAGCUGGCUCAGUGCCAUUUUAGUAGGAGCAGGCUGUCUUGCUCUGGGUUACUGCAUUGGUUCGAGAAAACCCGGUUUUUUCUUUCUUAGAGCUGUUAAAGUGGGUAAUAAAGAUGCUAACUUUAGUAGCUCAAACAAGAAAAAUGGUAAUAAGAAGGCUAAAGAGCCUCUUGAAAUUGAGAAGCUUGCUGAUCUUCUUGAUGAUUUUAAAAUGAUUUUGGUUGUUAGAAAUGAUCUUAAGAUGGGGAAAGGAAAAAUUGCUGCUCAAUGCAGUCAUGCAACUCUAGGCCUAUAUAAGAAGCUUCACAAUCGGGCACCGAAAGCUUUAGAGAGGUGGGAGAUGUGUGCACAACCAAAGGUCGUCGUAAAAAUUGAAAGCGAGGAGGAUAUGCUUGUAUUGCAAGAGAAGGCUAAAUCACUUAAAUUACCAACUCAUAUUACCAUAGAUGCUGGAAGAACACAGAUUGCUCCAAAUUCAAGAACGGUGAUGGCAAUUCUUGGUCCUGUUGAAGUGGUUGAUGACGUGACAGGCGGACUGAAGCUUUUGUAGAUGCUAAUCUAUCAAAUUGGUAGAUAGUUUGCUCGAAUUUAGGAGGCAGUGCAGUGCAAGAUUCAAAUCGACGAUCUUAGUAUUUAUUAGAGAAAUACAUUGUAUGCAUGUAUAUCCUUAGCCAGCAAUUUGGUGAUAAUUUAUUUCUCCAAUUUGCAACUAUCAAAGUUCUGAUGAUGGCAAUUUUUUUGUAACUGUCUUCAUGAUGAGUUGCUGUAACUCGAUUUUUUGAACACAAUGGAGGCAUUUUUUUUCUUUCUUCUA